ACGUGUCUCGUGACGUGGAGUGUUGCCUUGGCACUCUCUCUCUCCUCUCUCUACAAGCUGCAAAAAGCCCACACUUCUUCCCUCACCCUCCCCCUCCCUCGCUUUAGAGAGAGAAAGUUUAGAGAGAGAAAAUGCAGUUCUGAAAUUUCUUCUUACUCAGGUGAGUAUUGUUUCUAGUGUUUGGCCAUGGGCAACUGUGAAGAGACAAAGGCUUGUAAGCCAGAAAAACCAUCUUCACCACCUCCACCACCUGUAACUGAGAAUCAGCAAACGAGUGUUCAUGCAUAUCCCGAUUGGGCAGCUAUGCAGGCUUAUUAUGGGCAUAGCAUGGCUGUACCACCAUACUUCAACUCGGGUCAUCCUCCUCCACCUUAUAUGUGGGCACCACCACAGCAUAUGAUGCCACCUUAUGCUGCAAUGUACAAUCCACAUUAUCCACAUUAUCCACAUCCUGGAGUUCCUCUUGCUAGUCCAAUGAGCAUUGAUUCUCCUGCCAAGUCAUCAGGGAACUCUGAGCGUGGCUUGAUGAAGAAGUUAAAAGGAUUUGAUGGGCUGGCAAUGUCGAUAGGCAAUGGGAUUUCUCACAGUGGGGAAACCGAAGGUUCUAGUGAAGGAAGUGAUGGCAAUACCGCUAGUAGGAAAAGGAGCCGUGAAGUGUCACCUAUUGCUCUAAAUGCAGCAGCAGCUGAAGCUGGAAAGAUAAGCGGUCAUUUUUUUCAUAAAGAACCAAAUGGAGUGACUGUUGUUACCUCUGACUCAGAAAUCAAGAAAUCUCCCACUGCAGUUACCAUGAUGACAUCAGCAACUGUUGCCAUGAUGCCCAACCAAGCUCAACAGCAGAAUGAGCGAGAACUGAAAAGGGAAAGGAGAAAGCAGUCUAAUCGCGAAUCUGCCAGGAGAUCUAGAUUAAGGAAACAGGCUGAAGCUGAAGAACUGGCCAUAAAAGUUGAUGCACUGACUAGUGAAAAUCUGACCCUUAAGUCCGAGAUUAACCGACUCACUGACAACUCAGAGAAACUCAAGCUUCAAAACGCCAAACUAACUGAAAAACUUAAGAACGUGCAAGAAGAAAAUGACACAGAAGAUAAGAGUGUGUCCCUAAGCACGGCUAACCUCCUGUCUAGGGUGGACAGUUGUACUUCUGAGGAAGGUGGAAGUGGAAAUGAUGAUGAUGAAGAAGAAAUGGUGUACAAAAGUAGUAGUAACAACAACAAUAACCAAAACUCUAAUGCUACUGCAAAGCUGCGUCAACUCCUGGAUGCUAGCCCACGGGCUGAUGCUGUUGCUGCUGGCUGAAUGCUUGCUUGCUGAUCAUCAUCAUAAUCAAAUAACCAA